AUGGGACGAGUGAAACUGAGUAAGGAAGAGCGUUUCGUUCAGAAAUAUCUGAAAAGGAAUGGGCAUUUGGAAGUGCUGAAGGUUUUUGAAAGAGGAUUGGAAGAAAAGGGAAAGAAAGUAGAGCGUCAAUCGAAAAAAGCCAGCUCAGAGGAACCAAAGACUCAAGCUAGAAAGAAAUUGGAAGAGAAGACACAGAAGAAGAAAGUGAAUGAUGAAAUCAAGGAAGAAAAUGAAUCCUCGACUUCAAAUGGCGCUAUUAAACCGUGA